AUGGAAGACCAACAAACAACAAUUGAUUAUCCAAAAAUUCAACCAUCUGUUCAAUAUUUCGAUCCAAGAUUAUUACCUCCACCACCUCCACCAGCACCAAUUGCCGCCUAUUACUACUAUCCGAAUCAUCAAUAUAAACCACAGCAAGCGACUCUCGAGGAGGAAGAGACUGCCACCUUGGAGAAUGACACUGAGAAUAAACGUGAUAUGAAUGAGGCUUUCUACUAUUCAUCGUCAAACUAUAUGAAUUGGUCUCUACCAUACUACUCAGCUCAGAACUUCACUGAUAACGCUGUGCCACUUACACAACCAAUUAACUAUCAGCCAACCGCACCAGCAAAGCCUAACCCAUAUAGUACCACCGAUUCUAAAUUGACCAAUAACGAAUUAGAGGAAAUCACCAAGACUGUAGAUGAACAAAUUACCGAACAUUCAGAUUUCGCAUUGAGCUUAAUCAUAUUUUUAUUAGGAUUCUUUUUAUUUGUACCAUGGUUCUUUGGAUUCCUAUAUCUUAGAUCCAAGAGUAUUGCAGCAAGAAAACUAGCUGUUACAUCCUUAGUAUUAGCAGUUUUGUCAAUGAUCGCAAUGGUUUUAUUCUUCACUGUAUUUGAAGAUGUCUCCAUCGAGAUUGAACCAAAGUAA